AUGGAAAGCCACUGUGCAACGAGUGCAACUGGCUCAGCGAUUGAGCGUUUUCCGUUUUCCGCACAUCCCUCUGCGCAAUUGUCGGAAUUCGAUUCACCCGCGAGCACCCGCAUCGCACGCAGUAUGUCGCAGCACGCGUCCAUUCCAGCAGAGGGGGCAGCGGACGCCGCGCCUGGCGCGCAGUCAGAGGCGCUCGCGUUCGACGCGCCGAAGAGCAUUCCGGGGCUGAAUUGCGUUCGGAAAUUGCUGGCCGAGGACCCCGUUGGCGGGUGGGAGAGGGCGUGGCAAGCGAGCACGACGCCGUGGGAUCUGGGCGGCGUGACGCCGGCUGUAGCGGCGCUGGUGGCGGCGCAAGAGGGGUCGCCGCUGCACCUGCCGCCCUCCAUCCGCCACGUGCUCGUCCCCGGCUGUGGCACCGGGUACGAUGUGGAGGCGUUGGCAUCGAAUGGCAGGGAGGUGACAGGCCUUGACAUCUCUCCAGCUGCUGUGGCGCAUGCAGAGAAGAGAGUGGAGGGGGCGGGCAACAGGGCGGCCAUGGCGUUUGAGUGUGCCGACUUCUUUGAGUACCGCCCCGCUCAGCCCUUCGAUGCCAUCUUUGACUACACCUUCUUCUGUGCGCUGCCACCGUCGCUGCGGGGCAAGUGGGCGGCCAAGACAGCGGAGCUGCUCGCACCACAGGGGGUGCUCUACACUCUCAUGUUCCCCAUCGAUGCACACGAGGGCGGCCCACCCUAUGCCGUCUCCAAGGACAGCUACACGGAGGUGCUGCAGCCGCUGGGGUUCACGGCAGAGAAUCUGCCCACUGUCAGUGUGCCGCCCAGACAGGGCAAGGAGCAGUUGGCCAAGUGGGUGCGAGCAGCUGUAGCAUCCAAAGUCACCCUCGCACGCGCCAUGUCGCAGCACGCGUCCAAUCCGGCGGAGGGAGCAGCGGAUGGCGCGCCAGGCGGUGCGCAGUCGGAGGUGCUGGCGUUCGACGCGCCGAAGAGCAUUCCGGGGGUGAUGGAGGUGCGCCAGCUGCUCACCGACGACCCCGUCGGCGGGUGGGAGAGGGCGUGGCAGGCGAGCACGACGCCGUGGGAUCUGGGCGGGGUGACGCCGGCUGUAGCGGCGCUGGUGGCGGCGCAAGAGGGGUCGCCGCUGCACCUGCCGCCCUCCAUCCGCCACGUGCUCGUCCCCGGCUGUGGCACCGGGUACGAUGUGGAGGCGUUGGCAUCGAAUGGCAGGGAGGCGACGGGGCUUGACAUCUCUCCGGCUGCUGUGGCGCAUGCAGAGCAGAGAGUGGAGGGGGCGGGCAACAGGGCGGCCAUGGCGUUUGAGUGUGCCGACUUCUUUGAGUACCGCCCCGCUCAGCCCUUCGAUGCCAUCUUUGACUACACCUUCUUCUGUGCGCUGCCACCGUCGCUGCGGGGCAAGUGGGCGGCCAAGACAGCGGAGCUGCUCGCACCACAGGGGUGCUCUACACUCUCAUGUUCCCCCUACAGGGAGGUGCUGCAGCCACUGGGGUUCACGGCAGAGGAUCUGCCCACUUUCAGUGUGCCGCCCAGACAGGGUAAGGAGCAGCUGGCCAAGUGGGUGCGAGUGGGUGCACCAUCCAAGGUGUGA